AUGGUGGGGCCGAUGUUCAUUCUCAAGGCACUGACUGUGCAACAGGGAGGUGAGAGCCCCAUUUUACAGCAUCCCUUUCAUCUGCCCCUUCUCUCCUGUGUCUCUAGGGCUCAGGAGUCCGGCCAGCACGUCCUGCCACGUGCACAGGUGACCCUCCUGGCCCCCAUAACCAGGCCGGGGAAGGUGAUCUGCGUGGGCAUGAACUACGCCGAUCACUGCCGGGAGCAGAACGUGGAUAUUCCCCAAGAGCCCAUCAUCUUCAGCAAGUUCCCCAGCGCCAUCAACGGCCCCUUCGAUGAGAUCAUCUACCCGGCCGAGAGCAAUGAAGUCGACUGGGAGGUGGAGCUGGCCUUUGUCAUCGGGAAGAAAGGGAAGCACAUCAAGGUACUAAGGGGGCUGGGAGUGGCCGGGGAGCCCCUGUUCAGCACGCUGUACCCGGGAGACGUCGUCCUCACCGGGACCCCUCCGGGGGUUGGCUUUAGCCGGAAGUCCCCCGUCUUCCUGAAGAGAGGAGACGUGGUCCAGUGUGAAAUCGACGAGCUGGGAGCCAUCCAAAACAAGCUGGUGCUGCUGCGUUCCAACCCAGAGGUGGCUGCAGUGGAGGGCAAGGGCAGCUCCUUAGAGACAGUUUGCCUACUGCCCUACCACAAGGGGAUCCUUUCCCCCCGUGAGGUUUCCUCCGCUGGCUUCCGGCUGCUCCUCUCCGGCACAGGCCCAGCCUGUGGUCUGCGGGAGUGGUCUGUACAGGGAAUCCCCCACCACCCAGUUGUCUUUCAGAGCUGGCUUUGUUUCUCAGACCCCCACAAACUGGGAAUCCGCUGCAAAGUGAACGGGGAGUUGGUCCAGAACAGCAACACCAGCCACAUGAUCUUCAAAACGCCCGUGCUGGUCGCGUGGAUCUCCCGGUUCCGACCGCUGUCCCCGGGAGACGUCGUCCUCACCGGGACCCCUCCGGGGGUUGGCUUUAGCCGGAAGUCCCCCGUCUUCCUGAAGAGAGGAGACGUGGUCCAGUGUGAAAUCGACGAGCUGGGAGCCAUCCAAAACAAGCUGGUGUGAGGACACCUCUGGCCCCCAGGGCUGAUCGGCGCCGGGGGCAAGCACAGCACUGCCCGGGCCGUAGCGUUGUGCAAUAAACCUCUCCCCCAAGGGCUCGCGGUUCCCCCGUGGGGCCAAGCUGUUGUUAAAGGGACGGCGGAGGAGGCCUGGGGUGCUCGAUUAGCUGCAAGGAAAAUAAAUGCACUUCCCUGCCCUGUG